AUGUCUUCAACUGUUGCGCAUAGGGUCAUGGACCACGGAGAACAGCAAAGAGUUCACCCAUUCUUCGGAAAUUUUACCAAAACGAGUCAGGCUCCGGAUCCAGCUCUCCCAAUUUCGAGCCAUGAGACAAGAGCAACUGGGCAUUGCCAGGCACCUCCAUCGCAAAGCUCUGGUUCAGAUUCCCAGCAAUCCCAAAUUGGAUUAGACUCCCUGGAAUCCAUUCUUGAAGAAGACCCCAAUAACGACAGGCGAAAGCGCCUAAAGACUUCUACGCAUGUGACAUCCUGUGAUGUUGAGACUGAAGAGCGGACGCCCACUCGAGCUGACGAUGCAUCAUCAACCUCCACGAUUACCGCAAAUAGAAACGUGGACUCAAAGGAACAAGUGUCGCCUCCGAGAAAAAUAUUGAAGCUUAAUACCAAUGGGAAACUACUCAGCUCUCCGCUUGCCCCAAGCUUGGAGAGUAGCGUCAACAAAAGACCCCCGAGCAGAAGAAGACCGCAAGUGAAAGGGAAAAAUAGCAAGAAGGUCGCCAUCAAGUACCAGAAGGGCUCUAAUAUCGGCAAGAAGAUCGACAACAUAAUCAGCGGCAGGGAACGACAUGGCGCUUCGCAAAGGCCAGCUGUACAACUUUCCGUUUCAGUCAAAAAUGAAAAUAAACCUCCCAAACCCACACAUCCCUUCUUCUUACUGAAAAAGCCCGCAUCCAAAGUAUCAGCGGAAACUACACCUACAGUGACAAAUACAGUAAACCAGCAUGACUCCACAAAAGCCGAUGCGGAAAUUCCAUCUUCUACAAAAAGCUCAUUCUCGCGGUCGCUCUUUGCCAAAAUACCCGACAUGGUGCCCCCCAUUUGGCCGCCAAAAGAUCUUGUCCACAUGAGAGGAUCCUUUCUUGAGCACAGCAGAACUUCGAAAGACAUAAAUUUGACGCAGAAAAAAAGCAAGCAACGCGCCGUGCACAUAGAUGAGGCAGAAAACAUUUUAACGUGCGAAUCUCAACGAAUUCGGAAGGAAAUGCAUUCAGGAAUGUCUCCUCUCAGAAUACCGACUAGAUCCGUUGUCAGUGGCCAAACUCUACAAAAGGCCAUGAAUAGCCAGUUAUCGCACAGAGCGGAAUCUAAUUUUCAACAUGGAUCUGGCUACCAAGGCGAAGCCGGGCGAGCUCACCCUUGCAUCGCCAAGGUUUAUACCUCCAUUGGGACUUCGGUUACAUCAUUUGAUAGCGGGGGACGCGAUUCUGUCCAAUGGACACAGAAAUAUGGCCCUUUGUGUGCCGAAGAUGUCCUUCAACCAGGUCCCGAGGCCCGGAUGUUACGUGAUUGGCUCAAGUCACUGAUGGUAUCAUCUGUGGAUUCUGGAAACAAACCUACAAAUAAAAGCAAGAAGAAACUUUCAGGCGGCCGCAAAUCGAAACGACGCAAGACUGCCGACAAGCUUGAUGGCUUCAUUGUCUCAAGCGAGGAUGAGGCCUCGGAAAUGGACGAGCUCGUUGAUUCCGACGAAGAUGAACUAGCUGGUGGCGAUACGGUGUCCUCUAAGCGUACCGUCGUACGAGUUGGCGACUCUGUUGGCAAGUUCAAACAAGGAGAAACCGGUCGAACGACGAAUGCAGUCUUAAUCAGUGGUCCGAGCGGCUGUGGGAAAUCGGCAUCGGUCUAUGCUGUUGCAAAGGAACUCGAUUUUGAGGUCUUUGAAAUCAAUAGUGGGACUCGCCGAAGUGCAAAAGACAUCCUAGAACGCGUUGGAGACAUGACACAGAACCAUCUUGUCCAACUAGAGGGAAAAGAAGAUGGAUCAGGAAACGACAUCCGUCCCGUAGACACCGGAGCCCUCGAUGGGAGACAAAACAAAGUCAAUAUGUUUUUCAAAACAACAGCCCAGAAAAAAUCAAAGUGUGCCCAGAAGAAAGCGGGGGAAAACACCUCGCAGGAUUCCUCGAAUCUAUCGUUUCGACCACAUAAACAGUCAUUGAUUUUGCUAGAAGAGGUUGAUGUUCUAUUUGACGAGGAUAGACAGUUUUGGAUUGGAGUAUUAGCGCUCAUUGAACAAUCUAAGCGUCCUGUGAUAAUGACAUGCAACAACGAGGAUCUCGUUCCGCUUCAGGACCUCUCUUUGUAUGCAAUUUUCAGAUAUCACGCACCGCCUCCACCUCUUGCUAUUGACUAUCUAUUGGUUAUUGCUGCGAACGAAGGUCAUAUGCUGAAACACGAAGCUGUAAGAGACCUCUAUUUAGCUUCGAACAGAGACCUGCGGAAGUCCAUCAUGGAAUUGGACUUUUGGUGUCAAAUGGCUGUUGGUAGCGAAAAGUCUGGAAUUGACUGGAUUCUUGAUCGAUGGCCGGAAGGUUCCGACCUUGAUACCAAUGGUAAUAGACUAAAAGUGAUAAGCCUGCAUACAUAUCAUCAGUGCAUGGGUUGGUUCAAUCGUGAUGUUGUCGUGAUUGACAAUGGUCUGGCUAAAGAGUCUGAGCUAUUACUUCAAGGCAGAAACUGGUGGGAGCUCAAUUUCGAGACGGACGGCAAAGACACCUGGUCGUUAGAUUACUCUGAACCUACAACGCAAGAUCAAAGCCGAAGUCACCUUGACAAAAUGCAGCACGCACUGGAUGAUCUUGACAGCACUAUCCCCAAUAUUUCGGAGAAAGAAAAAUCGAACUACCAAGAAGGCUAUCCAUUAUUGAUAGCUAAUCGCAGGCCUGAAUAUACUGGAAUUGCAGCUGAUAUUGGAUCAACAUCAAAUGUGUUAAUGCGGCACAUGGCAAUGGGCGUGCAAUCUCUGCAUGACGACAUUCUGACCACCAACCGUGUUCUGGCAAGCCAAUAUGCAACCAAGACCGCUCAGUUUUCUUAUAUGGAUUACUUGGAGGCCUUUGACCCUAUAAUGCAAGCAAAUUGCCUUGCCUCACAACCAAAUGGUCGCAUAGCUCUGUCAUUCGAGAACGGCAUGGCCGAAGAUUUAGCUCCCUAUAUUCGGUCCAUAGUAGCCUUUGAUUUGCGCCUUAAACGCUAUCGUGACGCACUAAGCGGACUUACGACACAAGGGUCAACAAGAAGAAAGACGAGAACAACAAGAGCUAGUCGAGCUGCUCUCGAGGGUGGGAAUAAAUCCAACACUCGCAGGGAAAGAUGGUUCACAUCCGAUAUAAAUCCAAAACGGAUCCUUGCCACGUGUCCCAAGAGUUGGGAAGAUGCUCUUGCUCGAGAAGGGCAUUUGACCCUUCCUUCGGCUGUGUCUGACAGCCAAGCAGCCAGCCAAAGUGACUCGGAAAGUUCCCAAAGCACGGAUGCUGAAGCAGAAGAUGGGCAGAUAUAG